AUGGUGACAAUGAGUAAUCUCUGUCUCAAAUACGUGGAAGUUUCUUUUUACCAGAUUUCUCGUUCUCUUGGAAUUCCCAUGAUUCCUUUAAUCAACUACCUUCUUUUUGGCGAGAAGUCCUCUCUCCGAACCGUCCUCUCCUGCAUCACCGUCGUAAUUGGUCCUCUAUCUCCCCUUCCACCCAGCUACACCGCAGGUGUCGAUGGCGAGAUCAAUUUCUCUCUCCGCGGCACGCUCUUCGGCGUUGGCGCCAGCGCGGUCGGAACCUUCUACACGAUCUACCUGAAGCGUUAUCUAUCGAACGUGGUGGACAACAGCUGGCUGCUCACGUUCUACACGAACUUCAACAGCUGUGUGAUUCUCCCUGCGCUCUGCGUGGUACGCUCCGCUGUGUGCUUCGAAGCGUUCGGCGAAGUGCCCGUCGUCUGGGAGCAUCGCAGCGAGCUGACGUUCUCGUUUUUCUUCUGGAUCUUCGAGAGAAGCGUGGCUGGGAUGUAG